AUGAACGAGUCGGCAAAAACAAUUAAAGCAUGUCAAUCUUCCGAUGAUAUAUAUGCACAGGAUAUCCGAGUAUUUGAAAAACUUAAUGCUUUAAAUACAAAAGAAAAAAUUGAAAAUUUUUUAUUGAAUCAAAACUUAAAAGAUUACAACAAUAUUCCAAUUUCAUUGAUUGCUGGACCCAUUUCGGUAUUGUGUGUUAAAACAUUCGACAACUAUGGCCUAAGAUUACUAUUUUCGACAUAUAUUAAAUCAUUUUCCUUAAUUGGCGACUUCCUUUGCCACGAACCAACUGUCAAAGAGCCAAAAACUAAUGACAAAUACGCAAAAAUGGCUGUAGAUUUACUUUUACAAACACCUUUACCUCCCUUGUUUUAUCCAGACAUGAAUGAACAGUCACGCUAUAAGAUCGAAGUUCCUGAUAUUUUCAUUCCUAUAUUACCAACUGCUUUCGCUUGUAGUGAAACAAACAUUUAUGUCGGAAUUGAAGGUCCCUCCGUUGUUAUUAUACCAAUACAAAAUACUAGCGACUCCAAAACCGAAGUUAUUCCUAUCGAAAACUUUCCCAAUGAACCAUUUUCAAUUUUAUUCAUGAAUGAUUCGUUAAUUUUCUCAUCAAAGACUGUAAGAGCAUUACAUUUCGAUACAAAAACGAAAGAACAGUUCCCAAUCAAUUUAUUUUACCCAUUUAAUUUCUUAUACAUUUUAGAAAAGAAAAACGCGUUUGAACCACCUAUAGUUUCAGAUGGCGAAAAGUUUUACUCAAUUGAUUUCGGUCCAAGUCCGAAAAUCAAGAUUUUCCACUUAGAUUUAGACUCAAUCAUGUACGAAACAUCCGUUCACCUUAAAGAAGGCCACAAUCCACUUAUGGCCCCAUUUACAGAACUUCUACCACUUGACCAAAAGAAUAAAGCCCUUAUUGCGACAAAUGGAGUUUAUAUCAGCUUUAUUCUUAAAUCUCCUCAAUUAACAAUAUGCAGAAUCUUCUUAGUCUACGAUGGAACGCAUUUACAUGACGUUGUUCUUAAAGAUUUCGAUGAUUUCAACGGAUGGUGCUUUAAUUCAAACCGCCCUGCACAUUGUUUACUCGGAAAGUACAAUGUUCUUAUGGUUGAUGGCUGCUUCUCAUUGCCUACAUGGAUGACCGGAUAUUCCAUUCCUGAAGGAGUUCCUGAAAUUAAAUCCCGUAAAAAUGACGAUAUAUUGAUUGGAUACUCACAUGCUUUAGCUAUAUUCGCUUCCAGAAUCAUUGGCGUCGAAGUUGGCCUCAAACUCAACUUUUUAAAUGAGAUAUAUAAUACUCCACUCGAAAAAGCCGUUCUUUCUUUCAUAAUCCAAGCUUACAAUUUCACAGAAGAUGCAUUGGCGCUAGAAGCAGAAGGAUACAAAGAUGCCGCAUAUAUCAAACGAGUUGCUGAUGCGUACAAAGUAGCUGCGAAGGCAUUUUUGGUCUUCUUGAGCCUCAAGAUACAUCAGGAUUCAACUAGUGUCCAAGUAACUCCUUUAUUAGAUCAAUUUUUAAUUUGCAUCGACAACGAAAAGUAUUCAUACAUCAAAGACCUUAUUGUUUACAUUAUCUUUAGUUGUUUGGAUGUUUUCGUUCUUGCAAAUAUGGAAAAAACUUCAAAAAUUCUCAAAACUUUAAUUGAUUCUCAGAAAUACACGGCAAUGCUUUUCAAAUGGUUCCCCAAAUCAAAGUACGUAAGCCGUGCCCUCACAAUUGAGUCCGUUGUCUCAUUAUGUAAUAUGUCAUUGAAAACUCAUUACGUUUUCGAUGAUAUGUCACUUCCUUUGUUGAAGAGCUUGCAGUAUGGUUUCAUUACAGACCUCAUUGGAGACAAAAAUGACGAAAUUGUCAAACAUUCGCUACAAUUGUCUUCAAUUUACCUGAUCGAGGUUGUAAACCAGCUCAAAGUAGACUUUGAUAACCUUUGUUCCGAGAAUUGGUCCCUACAAAGGUUCACGAACUCAAUAUCUUUUCUUAUUUUCGAUGAUUUGAUGAAACUCGUCUGCGCGAACUACAAAGAUUUCAUCUGCAAUGUCCAAAUCAUCGAGAUUUUCUUCACAGUUGGCGAAAUGCAGAUUUUGAAUGAAGACCAAUACUACGUAAUCAGUAAGUUGUUUGCCCGCUCGUACUAUCUGGCCUUGAUUCUCUCGUUCAACCUCAUAAAGCGUGAAAAAUGCUUCAUGAAUUUCGGAGAAAGACCAAAAAUCACCGGUGAAUAUUCACUUUUCGAAAAUUCAAUACAUCCGACAAAAUGUGACAAUGUUCCAGGUGAUAUCUACGAGAAUAUACUCAAAGCAGCUUACAACUCUUACAGAUGUGGUAUGAAACCGAACGAAAUCGAAGAAGCGAUAAAUUAUAUUUUAUCCAAAGUAAAUCGUUCGGAAAUACCACUUGAAACCAUCAGAAAACGACUCGAAGACGUCCAGCAAUACCUCCCACAGUCAUUCCAUUGCGUUAUUGCCUAUCUUGACGGUGAGAAUGUGAAUAUCGUAACAGAAAAGUCCACAAACAAGUACUAUUCAUGGUUCCUUAACCGUCUUUCCACAUACUAUUCACAAGAAACCGUCAAAAUCAAGGUAAUUCUCGCAUUUUUCAUUUCGAAAUUUGUUGAAAUUAUUCCGAUGUUGGCAUCUGUUCCGAUUUCGACAUUAGACAAAUUUGUUUCCACUAUAGAUCUCUGGCCAUACCUCCAUCACGAGUUUUUGAGGCUUUCCAGAAUUAAUUUCCAAAUUAAUUUCAACAAAUUCACUCCAGAACAGAUCGAAUACAUUUUCCCAACGAUGCUCGCGAUUUCCGAUAAGUUAUCCGACCAAUCAUACAUUCUAAACACAUUUAAGGACUCGGCAAGUCAAUCCUUCCUCAAUUUGGCAGAAGAAAACCAGAUGAAAAGUUUCUUGAUGAAAUUGAGAAUAUUUGUAAAGUGUCAAAAGACGAUAGGUAAUUGUUCCGAUGAUUUCUUCAAUUUAGCGAAGAAAUUGAUGUACUACGGAAAUUACGAUCACCUCACUUUGUUUACAGAUAUUUUACAAGAAUUGGUUGACAGCGGUUAUGACGAUAGAAGAAUAUUUGACUAUUUAUUCUAUUUGAUUGAAGAAUUUGUCACAAUGAAGACGUUUUUGAUUGCAAGCGACGGCGGAGUUUUCUGUUCAUUCCAGAGUUUGUUCCUUUUGACAAAUUCUGUCAAGAAAAUGGCAAAAACGUCAGAAUUUGUCAGAAGAUUAUUAAUAGAAUUACUUAAUACUGACAAGAAAGAUGCAUUCUUUGUUAUUUUCUCUUCUGUUGAUCUGCCAAGGCCGAACAUGGAGAUUUCUUUCUUGGAAAAUGGUUUGAAAUACAAUGGAAUUCUUAGGAAACUAAACAAAGAUGGAUUCUCUGUUUUUGUUAAAGAUAAAGUCAAAAACAUUGAUAAGAAGUAUUUCAAAACCAUCAAAAUACUCAACCAAGAAAAAUUUGAUCCAGAAAUUUUUGUCAAUAACUUUUCUGAAAUUUAUUUGUCAUUUAACAAAUAUUUGACAGAUUUUGACAAUCACAAGAUGCAGUCCUUAACAUGUUUCUAUCUUUCCAGCUUGACAACAUUCAGUUCUUCCAAUGAAUUCACUGACAAAAUACAAAACGACUUUGUUUACAAAGUUUACAAAUAUUUGACACCACAGAACUUAAUGAAAAAAGAUUCCGACUUCGAAUUGUUCUAUUUCAUUUCCGAGAUGUUGGAUACUGACUGGCCAUUCUUCACUUUACUUAAUCGUCUUCCUCAGAAUUCUAAACAAGAAACAAGUGGAGCUAGAUCAUUGGAUUUGACACUUUUCAGAUCAAGAGAAAUGAAGAAAUCUGUAGAAAACUUUGUAGUGGCUUUGGCGUCAGAUAUGUUAUAUGUUUCGUCACCUUUUUCAUGUCACUUCACUUCUACACUUAAAUUAACUGUAAGUGAAAAGAAGACAAUGGAAUUAUCACUGAAUAUGAUUGAUAAAUAUUCCAAUACUGUCUUCACAACAAAACCGUUUCUUGUCAAAGGUGAAGUGACCAUUUUGACAAAACCGUUGGAGCAAUCCGUUUAUGUCAAAACCGGUAAUGACGUGAAAAAGUUUUCCAUUGUUAAAUCAUCGAAUUCUGCCUUUAUAACAUUGAAUCUUCCAAGUGCUUCUGUUCUAAAUUAUCAAUUCACUUCACUUAAUGAUUAUACAGAAUUUGAUAAGUUAAGUGAUGGAAUUUUUUUGACAAAAAGUGACAAGAUUCAAUUACCAUUUAUUAAUUCAUCAAAUAUUAUUUAUUCUGACAUUUUACGUUUGACAUCGAUUUACUCUUCGAAAUUGACAAUUAAAUGUCUUUCGAAGAUUUGCGAAAAAUUGAAAAUUGACGAUGUCAAAUUUUUGUCAGAAUUUUCUGAGUAUUAUUUAUUGUUGCUUCCGCACGAUUCAAACAGGAAAAUGGUUUUAAGCGAUGAUGGAACAAUGUCUAAUAUUUACAAAAAUGUUUCUGACAACAAAGACGGUUUUUGUAAAGCGAUUAUUGAAUUUAUUUCACAAAAAUUCCAAGAAACGAAACAGAACUUGAUCAUGUUCAAUCUUCGAAGUAAUUAUUCCUCACCAGACAGCACGAAUCUAGAAGAGAAUAUCUAUGAAUCAACAAUUACUUUGGAUUCGAUGAUAAAGAAUUCAUCGAGUUUGAUUGGAUUUGUUCUUGGAAAUGACGACUCCGAAUAUUCAAAGCAACUUCUUGAGAUACUUACAAACUUAAGAAUGUAA